AUAGUGCAAAUGAAAGGGGCUAUUAAAAAACAGAAGCCUUUUAGUGGGACGCUUAUGUAGUAUGCUCAGCUGGUUACACGCAUCUAGUCGUGACGUAAGGAAUAGCGCACGGGAGCGCGCACGCCCCAAAACUCGCUUGCUCGUCAGUGCGCGUCGGUUCAGUCUGGUUCAGCUGACACAACUGAGAACAGAGACAGUCAACCGCAGGUGUGCGACUACGGUUACGCAUGUUCCCAGCACGCCAGCCCGGUCUAUAAACGCGAUUUUUUUUAUUUUUCUGUUCACUGUAUUUUCGCCAUGUUGUGGACGGCUGGUACGAUCAUCAGGAAAUUCUCCAUGAGCUCAGCUUACCACCAAAAUACGCUGAAGUUGGCCCUGAUUGGCCAGAGCUUGUUUGGACAGGAAGUGUAUACAAACCUCCGCAAGCAGGGCCAUAAAGUGGUGGCCGUUUUCACAGUUCCUGAUAAGGAUGGCAAGGCGGACCCCCUGGCUGUGGUGGCGGAGAAAGACGGGACGCCAGUGUUUAAGUUCCCACGGUGGCGAGUGAAGGGUCAGCCCAUCCCUGAGGUGGUGGAGGCGUACAAAGCAGUAGGCGCUGAACUGAACGUCAUGCCAUUUUGCUCCCAGUUCAUCCCCAUGAAUGUGAUCGACUUCCCCAAAUAUGGCUCCAUUAUUUACCACCCUUCCAUCCUGCCCAAACACAGAGGAGCCUCCUCUAUUAACUGGACACUAAUCGAAGGUGAUAAGAAAGCAGGAUUCAGUAUAUUCUGGGCUGAUGAUGGGUUGGACACUGGUCCCAUCCUGUUGCAGAGGGAAUGCCCAGUUGAACCCAACGAUACUGUGGACACUCUCUACAACCGCUUCCUAUUUCCAGAGGGCAUUAAGGCCAUGGUAGAAGCUGUACAGCUCAUUGCAGAUGGCAAAGCUCCUAAGAUCCCUCAGUCUGAAGAAGGAGCCAGUUAUGAGGGCAUCCAGAAAAAAUCCAAUGCUAAGGUGAAUAUGGCCCAGCCGGCUGAGGUCAUCCAUAACUGGAUCCGUGGUCAUGAUAAAGUUCCAGGUGCUUGGGUUGUCAUUGAUGGAAAGCCGGUAACGCUGUACAGCUCAUCGAUGCUGGGAGGGUCAGUGCCCACAGGUCAGCCAGUAGAGUUGGAGGGGGCGUCUCAGCCUGGACUCAUCACCAAAUCUGGACUCAUUCUGUUUGGAUCUGAUGGAAAAGCACUACAAGUGAAGAACUUGCAGUUUGAGGAUGGAAAGAUGAUUUCAGCAUCCAAAUACUUUUCAUCAGAGGAGACCACCAGUUUGGACCUCACAGAUGUCGAGAAGAAAAUGGCUGAGGAGAUCAGGGCGAUCUGGAAAGGCAUUCUGAGUAAUGUACCAGCAGUUGAAGAUACAACAGAUUUCUUUAAGUCGGGAGCUGCCUCAUUGGAUGUGGUCAGAUUGGUGGAAGAAGUAAAGCAGAAAUGCGGAGGAGUUCAGCUUCAGAACGAAGAUGUUUACAUGGCCACCACCUUCCAGAGUUUCAUCCAGAUGUUCGUUCGACGCUUGCGUGGAGAAGACCAGGAAGAGGAGCUGGUCAUUGAUUAUGUAACGAAAGACAUCAAUAACAUGACCCUGAAGAUGCCUUAUCAGUGUUUCAUCAACGGCACGUUUGAAGAUGCAGAAGAUGGAAAGACAUACAACACGGUGAACCCCACAGAUGGUUCGGUGAUAUGUAAGGUGUCAUAUUCUUCAGUGGCAGAUGUGGACCGAGCGGUUAGUGCAGCCAAAGAGGCCUUUAACAACGGGCCUUGGGGCAAGAUGAACCCACGUGACCGGGGCAGGCUGCUCUACCGUCUGGCUGACCUAAUGGAGGAACACCAGGAAGAGUUGGCCACUAUUGAGGCAAUUGACUCUGGUGCUGUUUAUACACUGGCUUUAAAAACCCAUGUGGGCAUGUCCAUUCAGACCUUCAGAUACUUCGCAGGCUGGUGUGACAAGAUCCAGGGCUCAACGAUACCCAUCAACCAAGCCAGGCCCAACCGCAACCUCACCUUUACCAAGAAAGAGCCUCUAGGUGUGUGUGCCAUAGUGAUUCCAUGGAAUUACCCGUUGAUGAUGUUGGCGUGGAAGAGCGCAGCCUGUCUGGCAGCUGGAAACACACUCGUCUUGAAACCUGCACAGGUAACCCCUCUGACUGCACUGAAGUUUGCAGAGCUAACAGUCAAAGCUGGCAUUCCGAAGGGAGUAAUCAACAUUUUACCAGGAUCAGGUGGUCUGGUCGGGCAGAGGAUGUCUGAUCACCCUGAUAUCCGUAAGCUGGGGUUCACAGGCUCCACUCCCAUCGGCAAACAGAUCAUGAAAAGCUGUGCAGUCAGUAACUUGAAGAAGGUGUCUCUGGAGUUGGGCGGCAAAUCUCCCCUCAUUAUCUUCAGCGACUGUGACAUGGACAAGGCAGUGAGGAUGGGCAUGAGUUCUGUUUUCUUCAACAAAGGAGAGAACUGCAUCGCUGCUGGCAGGCUGUUUGUAGAGGAGUCUAUUCAUGACGAGUACAUCAGGAGAGUGGUUGAGGAAAUUAAGAAGAUGAAGAUUGGAGAUCCUUUGGAUCGCUCCACAGAUCAUGGACCUCAGAACCACAAGGCCCACUUGGACAAGCUGGUGGAGUACUGCGAGAUCGGCGUCAAGGAAGGGGCAACGCUCGUCUACGGUGGGAGACAGGUGGACAGACCAGGCUUUUUCAUGGAGCCUACGGUUUUCACAGAAGUAGAAGAUCAUAUGUUUAUUGCCAAAGAGGAAUCAUUUGGUCCCGUUAUGGUGGUAUCCAAAUUCAAGGAUGGUGAUGUAGAUGGAGUUUUAAGCAGAGCCAAUGACACAGAGUUCGGUCUAGCCUCUGGAGUUUUCACCCGUGACAUCAACAAAGCCAUGUACGUCAGCGAGAGACUAGAGGCAGGAACCGUGUUCGUCAACACCUACAACAAAACCGAUGUGGCAGCACCAUUCGGAGGCUUCAAACAGUCUGGCUUUGGCAAAGACCUCGGUGAGGAAGCCCUGCAUGAGUACCUGCGGACUAAAGCUGUGACAGUGGAGUACUGAGAGAAGCAUGCAGCUGGACUCUUGAGAGAACUACAGCAGCAAUCUGUUGUCUUUGGUUUUUUCUUGAAGCAGGUUUGAUUGGAAAAGAGCAUUUCCUGCCAGGACUAUACUAAUGUGCCUAAAAAAUUUUAUCACCCCUUUUUCUGGAACUGCUUUAUGCUUGGAGAGGGACAAAUCCUGAUUUGCCACUCUAAGCUGGCCAAAAAAAAAACAUUUUUUUUUAAAGCUGAAGUAUGUAAUUUCUGCAACACUAGCGCCACCGAUCAGAAUUGCAAAACUUGCAAGAAUUGCAGCUUUCUGAAUCCGCUCCUUGCCUGCAGUUGUUCAAACAGUCAGAUUGUCCCGCCCUCAACUCACACCAUUGGUUGUGUAAUGUUGUUGGGGCAGUUCAAAGCAGGUUGCUCAGAACAAACACAGGAAUUUUUAUUGUGCCUCACUGGCAAAGUGUUUACAGUUUUUGAGAAAAUUAACAUAUGAAUGGUUUACUUAUAGUUGUCACUGCAUAUUAAGCUGGGAUAUGAGAAAGUAUUUUAACACUGAAAAAGUUACACACUUCAGCUUUAAAUAUAAAAAAAGAUAACGGUCAUCAGAUCGAGAGGCUGAAACACAAGCAUCUUAAUGAGUUAACUUAAGGUGCCGAAUUAAUUAGUUUUAACGAAGAAAACACAACAGUAUCAAUAGCUGCUCUGGAUUAUUAUAACAUGCACAUUGAGGGAAGCCUUCCAUAUCACUUUAUGAAAUCCAUAUUACCAUAUUUCUACAUCUCAAAGGUUUUUUAAUAUGCAUAGCAUUUUCACAUCACAUUUUAAUUAAUAUACCUGUAUAUAUUUUGUUAGAGAAUGAGACAAAUUGUCUUUUUUAAUAUAUUUAAUUUAGCAUUCCAGACAGAUGUUACAUGAUUGGAAAUGUUGAAAUGAAAUAAUUUAUAGGGGUCAUGACAUACACACACACACACACACACACACACACACACACACACACACACACACAUAUAUAUAUAUAUAUAUACACACACACACACACACUCUCUACCGGUCAAAAAUUUUGAAACACUCAUUCUUUAUUAUAAUUUUGUUUUCUUUUUUUUUUCUCCACAUUUUAGAAUAAUAGAAAGUCAUCACAACUAUGGAAUAAUAGAAAUGGAAAUAUGGGAAUUAUGUUGUGACUAAACAAAAUCCAAAAUAAAUCAAAACUGUGUUAUAUUUUAGCAUCUUCAAAGUACUCACCCUUUGCCUAGAAUUUGCAGACAUGAACUCUUGACAUUUUCUCAACCAACUUCUUGAGGUAUCACCCUGAGAUGCUUUUUAAACAGUAUUGAAGGAGUUCCCAUCUAUGUUGGGCACUUAUUGGCUGCUUUUCUUUAUUAUUUGGUCCAAGUCAUCCAUUUCAAAAACUUUUUUUUUAUUUUUUAUAAAAAUGUUGUUUUGGUGGCACAAUUAUAUUUUUGUCUACAAAAUUAAUUUCAAACAUUUAAGCAUACGCCUUCAGAUCAAAAGAUUUUUAAGAUCAUGAGAAACAUUUCAGUCAAGUGUUUCAAAACUUUUGACCGGUAGUGUGUGUGUGUGUGUGUGUAUGUAUGUAUGUAUGUAUGUAUGUGUGUAUAUAUAUAUAUAUAUAUAUAUAUAUAUAUAUAUAUAUAUAUAAUAACCUUCACUGAGCUUAGAAUGUUAGUAAAGUUGUUUUGCACCAAAACAGUCAUAAUUUAGUAAUAUAUGAUAAUUUUCCAUCCUGUCUCUGGCCCUUUCUGAAACGCUCAGUUUUGGCCUGAAUAUCUCCUUUUAACUUCAACGUAAAUGCUCACUGUUUUCAUUGGCUAACAUAUAUAUUUGAAACUCAAUCAGAAGAAAAUGAACAAGCUCCAGAACAUAAAACUAAAUUUCAGGGUUUACACAAAAUGCACACACCCAACACAUUGCAACCAAAUAUAUUAAACUGUUCACUUAAGCACAGCAGCACCAUAAACUAUCAAACAGUCAGACAUGACAUUUGAAAUAUUUGUGAAUGGAAUUGGUCACUCGCGGUUUUGCCAUCGGGUCCAAUUGUGUUUUUAACUGCACCAUCCUUCAAAAACAGCUCCUUUGCAAAUCUUGAAUCAUAUGUGACUGGUUCCCAAGCAAUCCAUGCAGAUAUGAGCCGAAAGCAGUAGUGGAGUGAAGCAGAACAGACACGUUUUUAAAAGUUGGAUUUGUUCUGCUCUUAAAAUGUGGCACACAUCGCCAAGUAGGUAGCACUGCAGGCCGGAGAUCUCCAAAUGGGGGUGGAAUCUCAAAAAGAGGGCAGGGUUACUCCAAAAGGGUGUGUCACUUUCACACUGUUGCAUUUGGAGCUCCUGCCCCUUUUUGUAACUCUGCCUCCAGCUAUAUCCUUCUCCACCCCACUGAAAACGCAUCAAAAUGAUCAUAGAUAUCUAGUGCAUGUUUACAUAAACCAACAAUUAAAAAUGGCACAAAUGGGAGAAAAAAACACAUCCAGGAUGCCUUUAUACUCAAAACAGCAAGACACCAAAUGGGGAUCUCCUUUUAAAGAGUUAUGACUUGAAAUUGUGUCUUUUAAAAGUGGCGUGAGAUGCAGGUUAACGGUCAGAGCACUUAAGUCUUGUGCAUGUUUAUGUAGAGAAACAUUUAGGAAGGUGUCCUAUGGAGGUUCUCUAUGGUGUACAGUGUAGAGGAAUGGUAGGCCCAUCUGUUGUUUUCACCUUUCUAAAUAAGCGCCAGUGGGCGGGGCGCUGAUGUCUUGCUGGAGCAGUCCUUUGCUGAUGUAUUGGUCCGUGUAACGUCAUAAAAUCCAAACGAGCCAUUUUUUC